AUGCCGAGUAUGAAGGUUUUGUUUGGGGCUUCGAUGGCAGCAAGUGUGACUGCCGUAUGCUUCGCGAUGAUUGGUGUGGUUGUGAUGUUCAAUGAUCUGAACAAUCUGUAUGAUGAUCUGAUGGAUGAAAUGAGCGAAUUCAAGAUUGUUGCUGACGAUACAUGGAACCGAAUAGUACAACUCAACCGGAAUGAAAUGCGAGUGCAAUGGAGUGGUUCAGAUAUUUCGACUUUGUUCUCAAGGGCUAAGAGGCAAAACAAACCUCACUGCAACUGCGACAAUAUACGACGGGACUGCCCAGUCGGACCACCUGGUGCUCCAGGUGAUCCAGGUGAGGAUGGUCCCGAUGGACCUGAUGGUGAGAAUGGUAGGCCAGGUGUGCCUGGUGUGGCACUUCUUGCCACCCAUGAGGUACCGGGUGGAUGCCUCAAUUGUCCUCCCGGUCGUCCAGGCCCUCCAGGCCCGCAAGGUCCACCCGGAGAGCCAGGGAUGUCCGGCAACACGGGUCCUCCAGGACGGUGCGGUCGACCGGGUCCAAAAGGACCAGAAGGAGACGCAGGAGACCCUGGCAUGUGUGGACCAAUUGGGCCACCUGGACGGCCUGGUGCACCUGGUCAAGACGGAAAACGCGGACGCGGACCACCUGGAAGAAAAGGAGCACCAGGUCCUCGAGGUCCACCAGGACCACCUGGAAAUGACGGUGCGAAGGGUGAAGACGGUGAGCCUGGCGAUAAAGGACCGGAUGGUAGAUGCGGAAAGGACGGAAGGCCAGGAAAAGAUGGACGAACAGGACCGGGAGCAUCCGAAGUGAUCGACGAAUCUUUUUUCUAUGAGGAUUCCUUAGACAAGAAAGAGGACAGUCCUAGGAGCUUGUUUUUGCCGGGAACGGUUGUAUGUGAAAAGGGCGUUGAUGGCUACCGGCCCGCAGCUUGUGCCGAGAUAAUCCCAAGUUGGCCCAACAAACCGGUUGUCUUCCCGAAAAUCCGUCUGUUCAGACCUGGAAGCGAUGGUCUACCGGGUCCGGACGCACACUACUGUCCUUGUCCUCCACGCAGUGCUGUCUUUGUGGUGACGCAUUAG